AUGGAGGACUAUGCACCAAGUCGUUAUAAAAUGCUCGAGAAAAUCGGCGAGGGAGUCCAUGGAUGCGUGUUUAAGGCCAUCGAUUUGCAGCGCAACAAGGAGGUGGCCAUCAAAAAGGUUGCACUGAAAAACAAAUUCGGAAACAUAGCCUUGAAUACACUCAGGGAAAUUAAGACUCUGCAGCUGUGCAAAUCGGAAUACAUCUUGGAUAUUAUUGACAUAUACCCGGAUCUGACUGGACUCUCCUUGGUGUUGGAGUAUCAACCAGACACCCUGUACAGUCGUUUGAAAAGCGAGGUGAAUCCCUUAAGCCGCCAGCAGGUCCGGAAAUUCGCCCACCAAAUGUUCAAGGGUAUCGCCUAUCUCCAUGAAGCCGGCCUCAUGCACAGAGAUAUAAAGCCGGCAAACUUAUUAAUUUCGGAUGCGGAUAUGUUGAAGAUAGCCGAUUUUGGUCUGGCUCGGUUGUACUUUCCCGACGAAGAAUCGCGGUUGUAUUCUCCCCAAGUGUCGACCAGGUGGUAUCGAGCUCCAGAGAUCCUCUGGGGUAGCCAGAAAUAUGGCACAGCAGUUGACAUGUGGGCAGCUGGCUGCGUGGUGGCGGAGAUGCUUCGAGGAGUUCCCUUGUUUGCGGGAACAACCGACAUCGAGCAGUUGGCCAUCAUUAUCCGGACCUUGGGAAGUCCCCGUCUGAAUCAGUGGCCAGAGUUAACUUCACUGCCGGACUAUAGUAAGAUAAGAUUUCCAAACUCCGUGGGAAUCCACUGGGACAACCUGUUCCCCAGCUGCACCCACGCCGUAGAAAUCAAUCUGGUGUCCAAUCUUGUGGUAUACAAUCCCAAAAACAGAUUAAAGGCCAGUGAGGCAGUGGAACACGAUUACUUUCAGUAGCUUUAUAAUAAACGAC